UCGUUCGCUUGUUUUUCAAAAACGUCAAGGGGUCAACUACCUUUUGCCGCCCACUUGAUCACGCUGCUUCUCCCUCGUCAAAUCCGUUUCAGCAACAGACGGCAAGGUCGCGUAGGACUCAGGUUUUGCCUCCCUCUCGAUCUCUGGUUCUUCUUCUCUCGAAAGCCAUCAGUCUAUCGUUUGGCGAAGGGGUUUUGGUUGCUGGGGAGCGGAGAUGACGACGAUGGAGAGUCUGAUCGGCCUCGUUAACAGGAUACAGAGGGCCUGCACAGUCCUCGGCGACCAUGGUGCUGAUGGCGCCCUCCCCACCCUCUGGGAGGCCCUCCCUUCCGUUGCUGUCGUUGGUGGUCAGAGUUCGGGAAAAUCUUCGGUGCUGGAGAGCAUUGUAGGACGGGAUUUUCUUCCGAGAGGAUCCGGUAUCGUUACGAGGAGGCCUCUGGUGCUGCAACUGCAUAAGACAGAGGAAGGGCUGCCUGAGUACGCGGAAUUCCUUCAUUUGCCAAAGAGGAGAUUUAACGAAUUUGCUUCUGUGCGCAAGGAAAUUCAAGAUGAAACUGAUAGAAUGACUGGAAGAAAUAAAAUGAUUUCUCCUGUUCCCAUCCAUCUCAGUAUUUACUCCCCAAAUGUUGUCAACUUAACAUUGAUCGAUCUGCCUGGUCUUACUAAGGUUGCCAUUGAGGGACAGCCUGAAAGCAUUGUUUCAGAAAUUGAAAAUAUGGUGCGGUCAUAUGUUGAAAAGCCAAAUUGCAUCAUACUGGCAAUAUCACCGGCAAAUCAGGACAUAGCAACAUCUGAUGCUAUUAAGCUUGCAAGAGAAGUUGAUCCCACAGGUGAAAGAACAUUUGGAGUGCUGACAAAGCUUGAUCUGAUGGACAAGGGAACAAAUGCAUUAGAUGUUCUUGAAGGCAGAUCUUACAGGUUACAACAUCCUUGGGUUGGAAUAGUUAACCGUUCUCAAGCAGAUAUCAAUAAGAAUGUGGACAUGAUUGCUGCACGGCGUAAGGAGAAAGAAUAUUUUGCUACAAGUCCAGACUAUGGGCAUCUAGCAAGUAAAAUGGGUUCUGAGUACCUUGCAAAGCUUCUUUCAAGGCACUUGGAGUCUGUGAUUAGGUCCCGGAUACCAAAUAUCUCAUCCCUCAUAAACAAAAGCAUUGAUGAGCUAGAAUCAGAAAUGAACCAUCUUGGUAGACCUAUUGCUGUUGAUGCUGGGGCUCAGUUGUACACAAUUUUGGAACUUUGCCGUGCAUUUGACCGCAUCUUUAAGGAACAUUUGGAUGGAGGGCGACCUGGUGGUGAUCGGAUCUAUGGUGUUUUUGACCACCAACUCCCUGCUGCUCUUAGAAAACUGCCGUUUGAUCGACACUUGUCCAUACAGAAUGUGAGGAAGAUAGUCUCUGAGGCUGAUGGUUAUCAACCCCAUCUGAUCGCUCCUGAGCAGGGGUAUAGGCGGCUGAUAGAUGGAUCAUUAAAUUAUUUUAAAGGGCCUGCUGAGGCAUCAGUAGAUGCAGUUCAUCUCGUGCUGAAGGAACUUGUUAGGAAGUCAAUAAGUGAAACACAGGAACUAAGGCGAUUUCCAACCUUGCAAGCUGAGCUAGCAGCAGCUGCUUAUGCGGCUUUAGAAAAAUUCCGUGAAGAUGGCCGGAAGACAACACUACGCCUAGUAGAAAUGGAGUCAUCAUAUCUUACUGUCGAUUUCUUCCGGAAGCUCCCACAGGAGAUAGAGAAGGGUGGAACUCCUUCUGCGCCCAAUAUGGAUCGAUAUACAGAAGGCCAUUUCCGGAGGAUUGCUUCAAAUGUGUCAGCUUACAUUGGGAUGGUAUGCGAAACACUGAAGAUCUCCAUUCCAAAGGCUGUUGUCCAUUGUCAAGUUAGGGAGGCGAAGAAGUCGUUGCUUGAUCAAUUCUAUGCACAAGUUGGGAGGAAGGAGGGCAAGCAGCUUGCAGUAUUGUUGGAUGAAGAUCCUGCGCUCAUGGAACGGAGGCAACAAUGUGCCAAGAGGUUGGAGUUGUACAAGUCGGCAAGAGAUGAAAUUGAUUCUGUGUCAUGGGCUAGAUAACAGUCUACAAAGUCUCUUGUACAACAAUUAUGAUGUCUUCAAAAUUGUUGUGAGGUCAGUCCAUGACUGACCAUACGUGUUUGGACCAACCCUUGAUUGUGUAAUUUAUUUUAAUUGUUUUUAUAGUGUAUCAACAAUUAGUUUCAUCUUAUCGUUGUUCAUCAUUAUUCUUUAUUUUAUUA